AUGCCACCCUCUCCUUGCGCCCUAUGCAAGGUGAAUCGAGCCCUGAUCCUGCGUCCCAAAGACCAUUCCAAACUCUGCAAGACAUGUUUUAUCACCGUCUUCGAGACGGAGAUCCACCACACAAUCACCACAAAUCGCCUCUUCACGCGCGGCGAGAAAAUCGCAAUCGGUGCCUCGGGAGGCAAAGACAGCACUGUGCUUGCCUCGGUCCUCAAAACACUCAACAAACGCUACGACUAUGGCCUCGAUCUUAUUUUGCUGUCGAUUGAUGAGGGCAUCAAAGGGUAUAGAGAUGAUAGUUUAGAGACGGUGAAGAGGAAUGCGGAGCAGUAUGGUAUGGAGUUGACGAUCCUGGGAUACGAGGAGUUGUAUGGGUGGACGAUGGAUCAGGUGGUUGAGCAAGUGGGCAAGAAAGGCAACUGUACAUAUUGUGGUGUCUUUAGACGGCAAGCGCUGGAUCGUGGGGCGGCGAGGUUGGGCGUUAGGCAUGUGGUUACGGGUCACAACGCUGAUGACGUCGCGGAGACGGUGCUGAUGAACUUACUUCGUGGUGACCUCCCCCGUCUCUCCCGCACAACCUCCAUCAUAACCUCCACGCCCUCGGCCUCGUCCGACCCAGCCUCAAACACAAAUGUCAGGCGCAGCAAACCCCUUAAAUACGCAUACGAAAAGGAAAUUGUCCUCUACGCCCACCACAAAAAGCUCGACUACUUCAGCACAGAGUGCAUAUACUCGCCCGAAGCCUUCCGAGGCAGCGCACGUGCUUUGAUCAAGAACCUCGAGCGUGUACGUCCUAGCGCUAUCCUAGAUGUCGUCAGGAGCGGCGAAGACAUGGCGAAACUCGUCCCAGGAAACGACGACAGUUGCGGGGGCGCCUGCUCGAACAAUGUACCAGCCGCCGAGGAAGAAGACGGAGGCUGUGGAAAAUCCCAAGGCAAGAGUAUGGGCGGCGACAUGGCGAGUAUGGACGCACAACUAAGACAAAACGAAGUCGCAGCCAACAGCAACCUUGAGGUAGAAAUUACAUCUAAGAGUCUCACCAACGGCAGCGCACCGCCAGCUACCAGUGGCAAGAAGAAGAAAUUCUACACCCCCAAGAAGAUCACAAAACAAGUCAUGGGCCAGUGUAAAAAAUGCGGGUAUCUCUCCAGCCAAGACGUAUGCAAAGCCUGUGUCCUCCUCGAGGGCCUGAAUAAAGCAAGACCAAAACAACAGAUCGAGCUCGGUGCAGACGUCGAGGAAAUCAGCCUGAACAGCGAAGCGCCAUCUUCAACCCCAGACAGCGCCAGUGAAGAAUGCAGCUGCAUACACAACGGUACAAACUCUGCGCAUGCGCAAACCGCCACGCCGUCGAAGAAAAAAAAGGGACCACACGACACCACCCUGUGCUCGCGGCACGACGAUAUCAAAAAGAAAAUCCGCGAAUGCGCAUCUCUCGCGCUAUACCGAUGUCAUAGCAGCGGUCGGAUUGAGACGACGAACGGUACAAGUACCACCGCCCAGUCUCAGCCUCGUGACACUCCACCGUCGCGUGGCUUACCCACCCACCUGACCUCGCACACCGCCAACUUCAACCCCCCCUCCCCCCGCCGAGAGUCAGAAUAA